AUGAUGAAAGACAAUAAUCUGGUGCGACAUUUGGACGCUUGUGAGACGAUGGGUAAUGCGACAGCGAUUUGUUCAGACAAGACAGGAACGCUAACAACGAAUCGAAUGACUUGUGUGCAGUGCUAUAUUAAUGAUCAAUACUACAAAAAUCAACUCCCGGUGAGCAGUCUGCUGAACGCCAAGACUCGCGACCUGAUCAUCGAAGGCAUUUGCAUCAAUUCAGGCUACAACUCGCAAGUGCUACCCUCGGCUAAACCAGGCGAGCAACGUCAGCAGGUCGGUAACAAGACGGAAUGCGCAUUGCUGGGCUUUGUACUUGACAUGCAGCAGAACUAUGAUGAGAUUCGAGCCAAACAUCCGGAAGAAACCCUCUUCAAGGUCUACACAUUCAACUCGUCUCGAAAAUCCAUGAUGACGGUAUUAGAGUUGAAGGAGGGCGUCUAUCGCAUUUACGCCAAAGGAGCUUCAGAAAUCAUUUUGUCAAGAUGUUCGUACAUGCUUGGCAAUGAAGGAAAGAUCCAAGAUUUCUCUCCCCAACACGUAGCCGAACUCGUCAAAAAUGUCAUUGAACCGAUGGCUUCGGAUGGUCUCCGAACGAUAGGCCUCGCCUAUAAGGACAUGGUUCCCGAGGGAACAAAGAAGGAAGAGAACGAGGUUGAGUACAGCGGUCCUAUUGAUUGGGACGAUGAGGAGACGGUUCAAAAUGGAAUGACAUUGAUUGGUAUAAUGGGUAUUCAGGAUCCUGUUCGGCCAGAGGUACCUGCUGCUAUUGACAAAUGCCAAAAGGCUGGAAUUACCGUCCGAAUGGUCACCGGUGAUAAUAUCAAUACUGCACGAUCGAUUGCUACAGCAUGUGGAAUCCUACGGCCAGGAGCAGAUUUUCUCGCUCUUGAGGGAAAGGACUUCAAUGCGAGGAUCCGUGAUGAGAACGGAAAAGUCAGCCAGGCCAAGCUGGACGCCAUCUGGCCACGGUUACGUGUUUUGGCUCGAGCUCAACCAUCCGAUAAGUAUGUACUCGUAAAGGGGAUCAUCGACAGCAAGGUCUCCAAGAACAGAGAAGUGGUGGCUGUCACCGGUGACGGUACAAAUGAUGCACCAGCGCUUAAAAAGGCUGACGUCGGAUUUGCCAUGGGUAUUGCCGGUACUGACGUGGCCAAAGAAGCUUCCGACAUAAUCCUUACCGACGACAACUUUACAUCUAUCGUUAAGGUACCUGCUGCUAUUGACAAAUGCCAAAAGGCUGGAAUUACCGUCCGAAUGGUCACCGGUGAUAAUAUCAAUACUGCACGAUCGAUUGCUACAGCAUGUGGAAUCCUACGGCCAGGAGCAGAUUUUCUCGCUCUUGAGGGAAAGGACUUCAAUGCGAGGGAUUCCGUUGAGGAGAAACGGAAAAGUCAGCCAGUGUCCAAAGCUGGCAUCCGCAUCUGGCCACGGUUACGUGUUUUGGCUCGAGCUCAACCAUCCGAUAAGUAUGUACUCGUAAAGGGGAUCAUCGACAGCAAGGUCUCCAAGAACAGCGCUAUCCCCGGUUUCAGAGAAGUGGUGGCUGUCACCGGUGACGGUACAAAUGAUGCACCAGCCCUUAAAAAGGCUGACGUCGGAUUUGCCAUGGGUAUUGCCGGUACUGACGUGGCCAAAGAAGCUUCCGACAUAAUCCUUACCGACGACAACUUUACAUCUAUCGUUAAGGCCGUUAUGUGGGGACGUAAUGUGUACGAUUCGAUCUCAAAAUUCCUACAAUUCCAAUUGACUGUGAACGUUGUGGCAGUAACGAUUGCAUUCAUUGGAGCUUGUGCCAUUAGCGACUCGCCCCUGAAGGCUGUUCAAAUGUUGUGGGUGAAUCUGAUCAUGGACACCUUGGCUUCAUUGGCUUUGGCUACUGAAAUGCCCACUGAGGAGCUUCUUGACAGGAAACCUUACGGUCGAACAAAAUCGCUGAUCUCACGGACUAUGGUCAAAAACAUUGUCGGACAUGCUAUUUAUCAACUUAUAAUUCUCUUCGGCAUCUUGUUCUGGGGUGAUAAGUUUAUCCCGGACACGCCCUCUGGUCGAAAUGCCCCGUUGGGAUCACCUCCAAGUGCCCACUUCACGAUUGUUUUCAAUGCAUUCGUACUGAUGACCCUGUGCAAUGAGAUCAACGCCAGAAAAGUCCAUGGAGAACGAAAUGUCUUCAAGGGGCUCUUCUCAAAUCCAAUUUUCUGCGUCAUCUGGAUUUCAACGCUCAUUUCACAAGUGUUAAUCGUACAGUUCGGUGGUCAUUGGUUCUCCACUGCUCCGCUGAACGCCAUUCAAUGGGCGAUCUGUAUCGCUUGUGGUUUGGGAGAACUCAUUUGGGGACAGGUUGUCACGACGAUACCAUCGUCGAUAUUGCCGAAGUCAUUCCGAUUCGGUAAAGGAGAAGUGAAACCGACGUCAAUUCUGCUCACCGGCGACUACGACGCACCGUCGUCGUCGUCGUUGGCACCGAAACCGGACGGUCUUCAAGAGAAACGUCCUGGUCAAAUGCUGUGGUUACUUGGUCUCACUAGACUUCAGACACAGGUACUGUAUAGGCACUGUUUGAUUUUCUUAGAUGCUUUCUGCUAA